AUGAAGCUGCCGCCACAUCGACCGGGUGUGGAUCAUGAAGUCAACCUGCAGCCUGACAAGAACGGCAACGAGCCACCCCUUCCGUGGGGCCCACUCUACAACAUGUCACGAGAAGAGCUCUCAGCGGCUGCCGCGCCGGUGCUGUUCCGCGACCGAUACCCACUGCCCCUCAUCGCGGAGACCCUGCAGAAUCUGGCCAAGGCUAAGUGGUUCACCAAGUUUGGGCUCUACGAGUGGCUCGUGUGCCCUUUCGGCCUGAGCGGCGCCCCGGCAUCAUUCCAACGAUACAUGAACAGUGUAUUGCGCGAAUGGCUGGACGACUUUGUCACAGCGUACCUGGAUGAUGUACUGAUCUACUCGAGCGGUUCGAAGGCGGAUCAUGAGGCUAAGGUGCGACGAGUUCUCCAAGCACUCGCCGACGCUGGGCUGCACCUAGACCCAGCGAAGUGCGAGAAAGGAAUCGCCUGCGACCCCGAAAAGCAGCGCGCCAUCCGCGAAUGGGAGGCCCCGACCACGGUGAAGGGUGUCAGAAGCUUUCUGGGCUUCGCCAACUAUUACCGGAUCUUCAUCCCCGACUAUGCCAAGAUCACGCAGUCUCUGGAUGCCCUGCUUAAGAAAGGAACUGCCUUUCAUUGGGGACGAGCGGAGAACGAGGCGUUUCAGGAGCUGAAGCGACGAUUUUGCGAGUCACCGGUGCUCAAGCAGUGGGACCCGAGCCUCCCGACCUUUUUGGAGACGGAUUGCUCAGGCUACGCAUUGGGAGGCGUCCUGUCGCAGGAAGGCCCAGAUGGACGUCGACACGCAUGCGCCUUCUUCUCGAAGCGACUUUCGCCAGCGGAGUACAACUAUCCCAUUCACGACAAGGAGAUGCUUGCCAUCAUGAGAUGUCUCGACAACUGGAACGCCGAACUUAGGAGCUGCGGCCCAUUUACAAUCCUUACCGAUCACCGCAACCUGGAGUAUUUCGCGACACGCCAGAAGCUCACGGAACGGCAGAGCCGUUGGGCAGCCGAAUUGUCCCAGUUCGACUUCAAGCUCGAGUAUCGACCGGGAAGCGAGGCUGUCGUGCCUGAUGCGUUGUCCCGCCGUGAACAAGACAAGCCACAGGGCAUUGACGACGAGCGGGAACAAGGAAGAAUGAUACAGUUGAUACCGGAUAGUGCCAUUCCAUCAUCGACAAGAGCAUGUAUCAACGCGAUGAGUUCUGACUGUUCAGAGGCAUCCACCCUGCCGAAGAUGAAGGUCUUCGAGGUAGCGGACCUGCAGCAACUCUGGGACGAAACGGUGGCGAAGGACUCGAUAUUCCGGGCAGCCUAUAAGGCAGUCCGCGAUCGCGAGCGUGCCUUCCCGCCCUCGCUGGGCCUGAAGAUCCAGAUUUCAGAAUGUGCGAUCGACGCAGGCAAAGGCUGA